AUGGAUGACGAGACAAUCACCCAAGUAGGGUUGGAUUCCCCUUCGCUAGAGUCCCAACCCCUAGGAGGAGUUGACAUCCCCAAUGACGAGGCUGAGAAACGGGCUCCAUUGCUUAUGCAACGCCCUCCGAGCUUUGGAGUUGACCUGUCCGAAUUCUCAUUCAUGAAACCAGCCUCACGUCACCAAGGAUUCUCGUUACGUGGCAUGCCAAAACCAGGACGCAUCAACCCUCCUCCGCUUGGAGCCACCAGCCUCUCAAUCCCGAAGACAAUGGGAUUUGAAAACUUAAAACCCUUGAAUCAAGAGCGUCCAAGUAGCUCUCAUCCCGAAGACGAUUCAUCUCAAUUGCUGGUCAGCAGCACCGAUAAUCAGUUACCACCGAACCUACCCAAACACCCACGAUAUGGUCCCAAGUCUGCUCACAAUAAUCCCGCGGAUACGACAGAAAUUGCUCCGGAUUCUAGGCGGGACAAAAUUCGUGACCCGUCGGCUCGGAAAGUCAACCCCCCUGGGCCCAGGAUCCGCUCGAGCGAUAGUUCCAGGGUAACUCAAACUCGUCAAAAGAGUAAACCUUCUCAGAUCAACGAAGAAAUGCUUUUUGAGCUCCUCAUUGCAAAGUUCAGAAUUCGCGAAGAGAAGGAAGCUGCCACUGCGGAUAUGCAACAACAGCUGGAGAUAGACAACGUGCAGCUGAAAAGGGAAAACCAGAGCCUUCGAGGCCAGGGAAAGGUGUACGAGGAGAAGCUUCUGAGUAUGGAAGCCGAACGCAAAUCUCAAGAGGGCCGAGUCACCAGUUGGAAGGAAAAGAUCACCAAGUUCAAACAGAUUAUCAAUGAGCUCGGCCACGACUUCGAAGCCCUGCGACUCGACUCGGAUAGAUUGAAGGCGACUACCUCGUCUCUCCAAGAUGAGCGGCAUUCCUUGACCAGCUCUAUCGAUGAGAUUAAGCUUCAAAUUGUGCGAGCAGAAGACAAAAUGGAUGCUCAACGAAUGGAAAUUGUCGACUAUGAGAAGCAAGUGGCGAGGCUGGAACAAGCCCUACUUGCCUCGAGAGAGCAGCUCAAGGAAUCUAUCUCCGGCCUAGCCAAUGAAAAAAAGCGAAGCAACACACUUGAGUCAUACAUUCAAAACCACUCUCACAGUCAGAUCAGACAGGCCAAUCUCCUCAGAGAAGAUCACGCGAAGUUGCUGGAGAAGCUAGUCUCAGGACUGGAGGACAUCUCUGAAACUUCAAACAACACUCGAGAUGCGGUUUUGUCCGAAAUCAGAUCUUCUCUCGAAGAAUGCCAGGAUUCGGUUCGAGAGCUGAGAGAGCGAUGCUCUGCCGAAACAAGAGAUGUUCAAGACUUUACAAACACCAUUCACGAUGUUGCCGCCCGAAUCGAUGUGGUGGCAGCGCGUUUGGUGGCAGAUGCUGAAUCGACCGCCAGAACGAACCUUCAAGCUUCGCAAAGCAUUGAGGCAAACACAAAGAUGAUUGAGUUUAGCUUUGGUUCCGAUUCGACCCUUUCUAGACAGCUUGAUCGUUGCAAUACUGCUCAUGGAUCUCUUGGUAAUACACUGGAAGGCUUCUCUCCUGUGUUGAAUGAUCUCGAUGCCUCGGUGAAAUCUUUGACAGCCAGUGGAAAUCAUCUCGUGCAUGAAUUGAAGGGCCUCAGUAGCAAAUUGCUCGAGUCUCAACCCCCGCCCAACAACCCACUACUUGAGUUGGAAGUGUCUAAAACGUUCUCCGAGAAUACCCAGCUCCAACUUCGCCUUCAAACCAUCUCUUCUGAGGCCGAAAGUCUUCGCCGGAGUUUACACGACCGAGAAGUCGAGAAUCAAAGACUGCAAAAAUCGAUGGCGGAGUCAAAUACAAAGUAUCAUUCUUUAGAACAUCGCGGGAUGCAACUAGAAGCGGAUAAUAUUUGUUUGCACGAGCAAAUGAGAUCUGUCAAGGAAGACGCUCGGAAGAUGAUAGAUGAGGGGAAGAUCACCUCUAAGAAUGAGAUGCAGCUUCAUCACAACCUACAAAUUGGGACCAUUGAAAGAGAAAAUGAAAGGCUCAAGGAUGAGGCCGGGGCACUCCUUGGCCAAAUGCAGGGAGUUCAGGACUCUUUGAUCAACGCACAGAGAAUGAUCGAUGACCAACGGGAGGAGCGCGUAGCACUGCUCCGCGAAUCCGAGCAACAAGUCCAGCAUCUGACCGAAACAAACUCCGAGAUCACAACACGAAUGAACACUCAAAUAACAGAGAUACAACGUUUUCAAGAGGCGGAGGCGGCGUCUUGCUUGGAAAGAAAUGACCUACAAGAACGGCUCAGACAGGCGCAUGAACGGGUUCAUGAACUGGAGCAGAAUCUGGCUUCGAAUACAGAUAACGAGCCCGUGAAGCAAGUGCCAGUGAGUGGCAUUGUGCCCUUUCCAGAGAUUCAGGACAAAAUUUCGGCACAACGAGCCUCUUCGCCCUAUUAUGAUCCAGGCGACUUUGCGAUGCUGUUCAUGUCGGACGAUUUGUGUCCUUCAUCGCCAUUCAAUAUAGAGAACGCGAAGCAGUCCACGAUCAACCCUCAGAAGGAGCCAGAAGAAAUCCAGACCAAAACGGCUCCGGCUCCGGCUCGCGAAAUGGCCAGUAAACCUGGAGCCUCACCGAAAAUUCACCCAUCUCCAGAACAGCCCAAGCGCAAGGCAGUGAACUUCAAGUCACAAGCCCCGGGGGAAAUGACCGCGCGAACUUCUAGUGCUAGGUCAACCUUGACGCAGGUGCAGCAGGAUAUAGCAGAACGCCCGAGCAAGAUGACAAAACAUGUUCACAAAUGGACCUAUAGCCGUGUUCGCAGCUCAGGCACCGAAAUCCAGCAUGAGCAGGCCGCUGAGUCCACGCAUAUGCCCGCGGUGGAGCAGCGAACGAGUCCCAAAGGGUUAGUUUCAGCGAGCAGUGGGAACAAGGCGUCCAAACGUACUACCAGUCGUGGUCGAGGCAAGCGUCGAUCAAGAGGGGAGCGCUACAGCGCCCGCUUCAGUCAAGAAUGA